AUGUCAUCUCAAGAGAGCUACACAAAGGUCGCAGAGAGUUUUGAGAACGUAAGUGAACCCAGCUGCUUCGGUGAGACAUCUGGUGCCCUGGUGGACACAGAGACAAUUUCUGAUAUCAAAAUGAAGGGUCCAGAAGUGAGUCUGGCACCAAGCAGUAAUGUUACUGAAACCGAAGACAGCAGUGUUUCCAGCCCUCAACGUACUGAUGAAAAUUCUGGGGAUGGUUACCAGGGUUACAAGGGUGAUGAUGAUGACAAUGAAGAUGACGAUGAUGAUGAUGACUCCAAUCUUCCCAGCUUUGAGGACUCUGACAAUUUUAUCAGCAGUACAGAAAGCUCAUCCAGUCCUCAAGAGCUGGAGGAAGGUGAGGUUGUGGAAGAGCAGAGUGGGGGAAGGCUUUUUCAUCACUAUGAGCUGGAGGCCGGAGAGGUUGUGGAAGCACAGGGCAUUCAAAACCUGUUCCACAGUUAUGAGUUGGAAGAAGGUGAGGUUUUAGAAGCACCGAGAGUGCAAAGCAUGUUAUGUCACUAUGAGUUAGAGGCUGGUGAGGUUGUGGAAGCACAGGAAGUGCAAGGUUUUUUCUGCCAUUAUGAGUUGGAGGAAGGUGAGGUUGUGGAAGCACAGGGAGUGCAAAGCCUGGUACAGUACCAUGAGUUAGAAGAAGGUGAAGUUGUGGAAGCACAGGGAGUGCAAAGCCUGGUACAGUACUGUGAGUUGGAGGAAGGUGAGGUUGUAGUAGCACAGGGAGUGCAAAGCCUGGUGCAGCACCAUGAGUUGGAGGAAGGUGUAGUUGGGAAUGAUCAGGAUGAGGUCUCUGAGGUGUAUGAACAGAACAGGGUGGAGCACAGUGAGCAAUAUGACAUUGAAGAUGAUAGUUCAAUAGAUGAAUGGAUGGCCUUAGAGACAUCUCCUCUCCUAAAACCUCGAUGGAAUGUCCUUAAUGCCCUUCGGGAUAGGCAGCUUGGUUCCAGUGGUCGCUUUGUGUAUGAAGCCUGUGGUGCAAGAUUAUUUGUGCAGCGCUUCUCCCUAGAGUAUGUUUUUGAAGGCCAUGCUGGUUGUGUUAACACUGUUCAUUUUAACCAACGUGGCACCCUGCUGGCUAGUGGCAGUGAUGAUCUAAAAGUUAUUGUGUGGGACUGGCUUCAUCAGCGACCAUUACUGAACUUUGACAGUGGCCACAAAAAUAAUGUCUUACAGGCGAAAUUCCUUCCUAACUGUAACGAUGCCAUCUUGGCUAUGUGUGGCCGUGAUGGGCAGGUACGAGUUGCACAUCUAUCUGCUAUGGCAGGGACUCACAUGACUAAGCGCUUGGUAAAGCAUGGAGGAGCAUCCCAUAGACUGGGUUUGGAGCCAGAUUCACCCUUUAGGUUCUUAAGUUCAGGUGAAGAUGCAGUUGUCUUCAAUAUUGACCUCAGACAAGCCCAGCCAGCUUCAAAGCUGAUGGUAACCAAAGAUGGUGAUAAGAAAGUGGGACUGUAUACAGUCUUUGUGAAUCCUGCCAAUGUCUACCAGUUUGCUGUAGGUGGGCAAGAUCAGUUUGUGAGAAUUUAUGACCAAAGGAAAAUUGAUGAGAAUGUCAAUAAUGGAGUUCUCAAAAAAUUCUGCCCUCAUCACCUUCUUAGCUGUGAAUACCCAGCAUAUAUCACCUCUCUGAUGUAUAGUUAUGAUGGCAGAGAGGUCCUGGCUAGCUACAAUGAUGAAGAUAUUUAUAUCUUCAACUCUUCUGAUAGUGAUGGAGCUCAAUAUGCUAAGAGAUAUAAAGGACACAGAAAUAAUGCCACAGUGAAAGGUGUAUAUUUCUAUGGCCCAAGAAGUGAAUUUGUUAUGAGUGGUAGUGAUUGUGGGCACAUCUUCAUCUGGGAAAAAUCAUCCUGCCAGAUUGUUCAGUUCUUGGAGGCAGAUGAAGGAGGAACAAUAAACUGUAUUGAUCCCCAUCCUUACAUGCCUGUGCUGGCAUCCAGUGGGCUAGACCAUGAAGUUAAGAUCUGGUCACCCAUAGCUGAAACUUCCAGUAAGCUUACUGGCUUAAAGAAUGUGAUUAAAAUUAAUAAGAUGAAACGAGAUAAUUUUACCUUACACCACACUUCCCUGUUUGACAACCACAUGCUUUGGUUCCUCAUGAGUCAUCUGACACAGUCAAAUUACCAACGUAAUCUGAGAGGUAUAAGAAUUGAAGUUGGAGGCGGAGAUUUGAGUGACUCUUCCAGCAGCUCUGAUGAGGAAGAAAACCAAGACUCACAGUGCCAGACAUCCUAA